AUGAAAAGAAGUGCAAUAGCUGACUUUCUAGCUAGCAGAGCCUUGGAGGAUUAUGAGCCUUUGAACUUUUAUUUUCCAAAUAAGGACUUGAUGUAUGUGGCAACCACUGAAGGAAAUUUUCGAAUAGAUCAUAUGUGGAAGCUAAACUUUGAUAGAGCCUCAAAUGCUGUAGGUAACGAAAUUGGGGCAAAUUUGGUAUCCCCAAGCGAAGAUCAUUAUCCUAUUGCUAGCAAAUUGAAUUUUGAUUGCACGAACAAUAUGGUAGAAUAUGAAGCAUGCAUUAUGGGCAUUCGUGCAGCUAUUGAACGUAAAAUCAAAGUGCUAAAAGUGUAUAGGGAUUCCACAUUGGUGAUAUAUCAACUCAAAGGAGAAUGGGAAACAAGAGACCCUAAACUAAUCAGUUAUCGAAAGAUGGUUCUUGAAUUAAUGGAUGAGUUUGAUAACAUCACUUUCUGUUACCUCCCAAGAGACGGAAACCAGAUGGCUGACGCAUUGGCCACCCUAGCCUCUAUGAUCCAAAUGAACAAGUUAGAAGACAUGAACCCUAUUCAAAUGAGUAUUUUUGAAACCCCGAUUCAUUGCUAUAGUAUUGAGGAAGAGGAAAAAGAUGACCAUCCUUGGUACCUGAAUAUACUGCAGUAUGUGAAAAAUCCUGAGUAUCCAGAUCAGGCGACAGAGAAUGAUAAGACAGCAUUGAGAAGAAUAGCCAUUGACUAUGUCCUAGACGGGGAAAUCCUAUACAAAAAUGGGAGGGAUCAGGUACUGUUAAGAUGUGUGGACGCAGUGGAAGCUAGAAAAAUUCUAAGAGAGGUCCAUGAGUGUAUCUGCAAAACACAUGCAAAUGGUUUCACAAUGGCCAGGCAGAUCAUGAGAUUCGGGUACUACUGGUUCACUAUGGAAAGAGAUUGCAUCAAUUAA